AUGGUUAAGUUUAGUAGCGUCACUACAGGUGCACGCGCUCUUAUCUCACUGGCUGCACUAAGUGCCCAGUCAGUAACAGCCUAUGUUCCACUUUGGCAACCUCAGUACAAAAAUGAGGCAGCCGCAACUGCGCGUGUCAUUCAACUGAAGCAUGCAGGUGAUGCGACUGGUCACUUGCUAGCUACCUUCGAGCACUGGUACUACAAGCCCAAUGAUAUCACGGUCUCAAAUGGAACGGCGAGUAACUUCAUCAUUCAGGAAAGCAGCGACCAGGGCCGAUCAUGGAAUACAUUGGCAACAGUAUCUGCUCCAGAUGGUCUCCCAAAUCUCUUCUAUUACCAGCCCUUUUUGUUCGAAUUCCCUCAGCAGCUUGGGAAAUACCCUGCGGGUACUCUCCUUUUAGUCGGAAAUUUACACGACGGAAAUAGAACCGACUUCUACUCCUGGCGAUCGGCGGAUCAUGGAAAGACAUGGGACAACAUAGGUGUCUGGCAAAGGGGACAUACUAUCACUGGGAAGCCUGAGCCUUUCUUGUACCUGGAUAAUCAGGACAACAUUGUUGCGGUUUUCUCGGAUGAGCGAGACUACGAGAAACACUCACAAAAACUCGUCCAUCUCGUCUCCAAAGACGGAGGUGAUAACUGGAGUGGUGAUAGAGAUGGCCGCCCUAUUCCCGACGUCGUCAGCUCAGACCAGGUGAUCCGGCCUGGAAUGGCUACAGUCGCCAAGAUGGACAAUGGGGAGUAUUUCAUGAGCUAUGAAUGGUGUGAUGUCAGAUACUACAAAACAACUGGCACUUGCCCUGUCCAUGGGAAGACAUCCAAAGAUGGCGUGACGUGGAACCCUAGCGACAAUGGAACCUACGUGUCAACACCCGAUGGCGUUUUGGGCUGUGGGAGCCCCUAUUCCAUUUGGGAUCCCGUGGGGAAACAGUUGAUCGUUUCCAGCUCACGUAAGAGGUGGUUUGAUGCAUCGGCUACGAAGAAUGCUACUGACCCCACACUCGAGAAUCACCAUGUUGUCCAUAUCAACAAGAAUUAUGGAAAGGAUGAUUGGUACUGGGCCUCGGCCCCUUGGUACGUCCCACUUGCCGAUAAUUGCAACAGCAACUACAGUCCCGACCUGCUGUCUUUGCCGAAUGGAGAAAUCCUGUAUUCAACGGAUACGCCAGCCAAGGGCAAGCAAUGUGAAGAGGGCACCCUUGCAGCACCAAUCGCAACCUUGCCGUACAACUCGAACUUUUCAAGCGCUGGCGCGGCUAGCUGGAUUGAUUUCGACCAAAUAUGGUCCAUUUAUAAGGAUCAAUACGUCUUCCCGGCAGUCACCAAGCCAACGAUUGCGCUUACAGGCUCUUCUGGGUGGACGAACUAUGAGAUCAGCGCGGAUGUUAUCAUCACGAGCAAAUCUGGCGUUGCGGGUGUCGUGGUGAGGGCAUCUAAUUCGCCCAACGAUUCCCACUUGAGCAGGUAUACGGCCGCCAUUGACAGUAACAAGGGCGAUCUUACUCUGUACCAAGUGGGUGAUACUGCGACCACGACCUUGAAGUCGCAGCCAGUCUCUGGGGGUGUCAGAGCAAACCAACAAUACCAAUUGUCUCUUUCCGUCAAAUCGACAAGUCUUGUUGCUACGUUGACUGGAAGUGGAGGUGUGAAAACUACUCUGAGUGUUACAAACAAUGGCUUGCUACGGGGUGCUACAGGUCUGUAUGGGGGCUACGGCAGUGGUGGAUUCAGCAAUGUCCAAAUCAAGGAUUUGUCCUGA